AUGGGCCUGCGACGGCGCCGCACCUAUCGCCCCAAACCUACCACGCCAUGGAUGACGAUGCCUGUCCGGUGGUCCGAUCUCCCCGACGAUCUCCUCCCCCUGAUCUACGUCAAGGUCGACAGCCUGCUCCAUCGCGUCCGCUUUGCUGCAGUGUGCAGAUCGUGGCGAGCGGCUGCGAUCAUGUCGCGUCAGGCGGCACCGCCCGUCCUCCCAUGGCUCAUCUUCUCCUCAGAUGGUGGCAAGUCGAGGCGCGCAUACUGCCCUGAGGAAGGUGGGAUUUUGCGCAUCCGGAUCCGAAGGCAAGUGCUCACCGGCAAGCGGUUCGUGGGAGCUCACGACGGGGGCUGGGUCGCUGCAAUAGGAGGCGAAUCGAAGCUUGUAAUCGUGAACCUCUUCUCGGGCACGGAGGUAUCCUUACCUGCAAGGAACGCAUACCCUACAUACAAGAUUGUCUUCUCGGAAUCCCCCGCCUCAAGUGGUUGCAUCCUUGCCGCCAUCAUGUCUCAAUACGGCGUCGCCGUAUGCCAGAUUGGUUGUCCGAACGGCACGUGGACGGUCAAACAAUUGGAUGGAUUAUUAUGCCUUAUGGACAUUGUAUUCUACAAUGGACACCUCUACGGCAUCACUUCCUUCGAGCAACUUCUCAAGUUCAAAAUCGGGGUGAACAAAGACGGCGUGCUAGCGUUCAUUGGUGAACCGCACCAACUCCAAAUCCGAAAGUGCAGCGGUCCUCCGGCGUAUCGACGCUACAUCAUUGAACUGCAAGGCAAGCUGGUGAUGGUGGCGAGGAGCUACUCACGACGCAUCAACUCUGAGCCUAUCUUCAAGGUGUUUGAGCUUGCUGACAAAGCGACUACAGAAUACACUCAUCAGUGGGAGGAGUUAAUGACCUUGGGUGAUUAUGCCUUAUUUUUGGGGGCAAAGUCAUCCAAGGCGGUGUACGUGCCAGCGUCUGGGCACGACGGAGUGCAGAGAAGUUGCAUCUAUGCUGACGACAUGAAAUACUUGACGCAAUUGGACGGUCAUGGUGAUUGUGUAUAUCCUGUGCAAGAUAAAAGCAGUCACCACGCCAGACACAUGAUCAAAUCAGCAGGUUCGUAUGUAGCUGCCGGUGCUGAUACAAGUGGCAUGUGGGUUUUCCCUCCGAAUUUCUGGGCGGCCAAUAGUAGACAAGCGCGACAUCUUUGA